UUUUGAUAAUCGAAUAAUCAUUAUUAUUUAGUUUAUCUUUUUUAAAACACACAAAUUUUUUGUGAGCAACUUUGUGGUGCAAGAGCACAGCGCACGUUGGCCCCAUCGCAGAAACCAAUCCAUAAAACAUCAGUCCAGUGGUAGAAACGAGAGCAGUACUCAAGUCGGAAGAAUGAGCGAUCGUGGCAACAGCCCGACCAGCGGUGAUAAUGAGUCCCACUGGCUGGACCAUGUGGAUACGGGUCUAAUUGAAGCGCACUUUACCGAGCACUAUGGCGCUGAAGACGUGCACGAUGAGCUUCGUCGGAUCAUGCAGCGCUACAAUGAGGCAUCAGCGACCCAGACAGUCGCGCCUCAUUCCACCAACGAGCAGCGUCAUGCCGCUGGCGAGGCAGAUCUCACCGAUCUCCUGGAUGCUGGCACGGAUCUGACGCUCAGCGCCACCCCCGGCAGCACACAGAUUGGUGCUGGCCCCGACAGGAACGAGCUCGAAAUUGCUGGCAGCAUCAUCAGCUCCACAUCCAGUGGCUUUGCCCUCGGCAAUCAGAGCAGCUAUAGCUCCCUGGCCAUGGCUGAUCUGUCGCCCCCACCACCUCCGACUAGGCGCAGCUCUCUGCGCGGCCCCUCCAUUGGCUCGAUGCGGCAGGCUGUGGCCGCCGCUCGCGAUCAAUCCAUGACCAUUAGCCUCUCGUCCCGCGUGGCCAACUCCCGUUACGGACCCUUGGGUCGUCUCAACAAGGCUCGGCUGAUUGGGGAGCUAAUCGAGGUGGUGGAGACCUUGCAGGUGGAGCAAUUGUUUUGCGAUUAUCUCAACAAACGCCUCAUUGAGUUCCGGCGUCAGAACCAUCGCGAUCUUGAGCCGCUCAUCUAUGGCGAUGCCGAAGAGGCCGCCGUUUGUGGUCUGACUCUGGUGCGUUAUCGAUUUGCCGAGGCCAUCGCCUACUUGGAUCGAUAUGUUCGCGAGGAUAUGGAACUGUACCAGAUAGCUGAGGACUGUCUCAAGAAGUUCAAGGCCCAACGCACUGCAGUCUAUACUCGCGCCGGGGAAUCCCAGCGCAAGUUUUUCGAUGUUAUCGACAAACUGCUGAUGGGCGAGACGGUGAGCGACAUGAAAUCGAAAAUACGCGCCGAAGUCUUUGAAUUCUGCGGUCUUCGUCGUCAUGUUCGCAAAAUUCGCAAGGAGCUCUUAGUAUCCCCAUUCAACGAUGCCAACUACUACAAGACAAUUGGAAACAUCAAGUAUCUGAUUGCACGACUGUGUCUGUUUCUGCCGAUUCAUGUGCCCUCCCACAUACGCUGGAUUAUGUUCCGGAACGAUACUGUGCGGGAAACGGCAGAUCAUAUUACCAGCGAGCUGGCUGCCGUACAGGUGGAGUUGUCGCGUCAAAGGAGCCGCAUUAUGUUGCAACAGCGCCGGGAGCGCGAACGUGUCUACGGCCGUAUAGUCGAGAUUCGUAUUGUGAAGGCUCCAGCGGAGCCAGUGGAACGUCAAUCGUCGACGAUAAAAAAGGAUGCCGCUUACAUGUACGAGUCAGACUCGGACUCGGAUGAGUCUAUGGGUGGCAGUGAUAUUGAUGUUUGCACCAUGCAGGACACCGAGGAGGAUCAUCUGGUGCGACGCCAAAGCUUCAUACAGACAAUCCGUUGCAUGAGCAGCCUCUAUACGAAGAAUGCGAUUGAUGCUGGCUCUGCCGAUUCACAGCCAACCCCAGCCGAUGCAGCCCCCAUCCUAUCUCCCGCCUCAGCCUCUCUUUACUCGGCCAUUCCCGGCCUCGCGGCCUCCCAAGGCUUGCUCAGUCAAAGCACGCCCAGUCCUGCGGGUGAUGGCAAUGGCUAUGAGGGUGGCGACUCCGGCGCCACAUCCAAUGUAACGGGGCAGGCGCAGCAGCUGAACGCCGGUGGCGACGGCGGACCCUUCAAUAUUAGCAACAAUGGCACGGAGAAUGCGCGUUACGUGCUCGUGCCACUGAAUGUUGGCAAUGAGCCAAUGGCCGAUAGUCCCAAUCGUGUGGUCAGCUUCACCGAGGAUGUCCUCGUCAUGCACUAUUAGCUGCCGUCGUCUAAGGAUCAAUCAAGGCUCCCUUUUUGCCGCUCUGUCUUGCUCUCUCUCUCUCACACAACUAAAAGACUGUCUGUGCGCGUGUGCUGGAGCUUGGCUUUUGGGGUUUCAUAAAAACUAUAUAUAAUAAACAAACAAACAAAAAAGCCAACUAAAUACAUAAAUGUAAAAAAAUCAGAUAUAUAUAGUACUAAUAUAUGUAUAUACUUGUACAUAUAUGCUGCAGGAGUUGUCUGGGAACAAUCCAAAAACAAGCCUUCCAAGCAAGUGCCACUGAAAUAUUUGUAUAAUAAAUGCUUUAAAAAAUA